GUCCAGAUGAAGUCUCGGGUUACAGCGUGAGCCGGCCAGCGCAGCAGCAGCAGCAGCAGCAGCAGCCGCCGCCCGCCGGCCCGAGGAGCCCAGGCGCACGGGGAAGGCUGCGGCUGCGGCUCGGCGGUGACUGUCCCGGAAACGUGAGGAAGAGGAGGAGGAGGAUGAGCACACUCGGCGGUGGCCCUAGGGACGACGCUGAGGACAGGGAUGAGGACGUGGGUGAGCACGGUGACGCCGAGCAAAAGCCGAAAGGGAAAAAGGAGUCGGAGCCGCACGCCAGGAGGGAGCCGGACGAGAGGGCCGUCCGCAUCCCCAUCCCGGAAGUGCUCCAGCAGCGGCUGGCGGACGACUGUUACUACAUCAACCGCCGCCGGCGGUUGGUGAGGCUGCCGUGCCAGACCAACGUGGGGGCCAUCCUGGAGUGCUACGUGCGCCACUUCUGGGCGAGCGCGCUGGCCUCGGGGGACCGGCGGCCGCAGCCCCAGCGCGCCGCGCCCGAGAGGAGCGUGGGCCUCUGCAGGGAGAUGGCGGACGGGCUGCGCAUCACCUUCGACCACGCGCUCCCCCUGGUGCUGCUCUACCCUCAGGAACAGGCGCAAUACGAAAUGGUGACUUCCUCCACCUUCUUCUUCCCGACCGAGGAGAAAGCCACCGAUGCGGGCAGGAACCAGGAGGCGCCCUGGCCUGGCCCGUCCACCCCGCAGCCCCCCGAGAGCCAGCCCGCGGCGGGGCCGGCCGCCCCCAAGAGGCGCAAAGCGGAGGCGGAGACGCCGCGGGCUCCCAGGCGAUCCAUGCGACACACCGCCCACUGCCACUGGCAGCCCGAGGACCGGGCCUCACCCCAGGCCAAGCGCAGUGUGCCCAAGCUGUUCCCGCACUUGCAAAAGACACCUGUGCGCGGCACCUCGCCUUCCCCCAUGUCUCUGACCCCAGGGAAGGAAGGGACUGCUCUGUUUGCUGGUUUUGAAGGGUCAGCUGAGGAAAUAAACGAGGUCCUCUCCUGGAAGCUGGUGCCUGACAAUUACCCACCAGGACACCAGCCGCCUCCCCCCUCCUACAUUUAUGGCGCACAACAUUUACUGCGGUUGUUUGUAAAACUUCCCGAGAUUCUUGGGAAGAUGUCCUUCUCUGAGAAGAAUCUGAAAGCAUUGCUGAAGCACUUGGAUCUCUUUCUGAGGUUUUUAGCAGAAUACCAGGCUGACUUCUUCCUGGAGUCGGCUUAUGUCUCAGCCUGUGAGGCUCACUACAGCAGCAAGAACCCCAGGACAAUCUGUUAAAUUUUGAUGGCUGUGUAAGCACAGCUGCCCGACCUGGCUUGCUGUUUUCCUUUCUACCUGGGCCCACCCUGGGGGAGGAGGGGCUCUUUGAGAGGGCAGGCUUGGAUGUUUGAGUUGUUCACAUACUGUAGGGUUUUGUUGUUGUUGUUGUUGUUAAGAUUUACAUCCUGAGCUAUUUGUGGUUGUCAUGCCUGUACAGAUGUAAAGUUGCUUAAUUAAUUUACAUGCUGUGUGUGACAUCGAGAAGCAGCCACUGCUAUGUUCAGAGGGAACAUCCAUGAAAAGACAUACCUUAGGCUGUUCCAGGAGACAUCACAGUAGGCUGCUGGCAAGAACCACUUUGUUUAGAUAUUCCUUAGCACUAAAAUGUGUUUGAAGACUCUUCUAAUGUGAUGAGACUAAAGAACUCCAACCAGCACAUGCUGGUUCAUAUUUGGACACACGGCCAUCUCAAAGUAUUUUGGGGGAAAAUCAACACCAACAGCAAAAGAGAACUGGCAACCACAGAGCUUGUAACUGUUCCCUUUCUGUGAGACAGUAUGCUUGGUGAUCUAAAUAAAUCAAUUUUUGUCUUGUUUGAAAAACACUUUAUAAAACUUCACUACUCUCAUACAAAAUUUACUCA